AUGGCCUCGCCUGCUGCGGUUUCAAGCGACAUCGGGCCCGCCAGGAAAUACCGGUCCAGGAAACAAAAGCCCUGCGACAACUGUCGGCGACGUCGGGUCUGCUGUGUUCGAGACGCAGAGGGAGCUUGCGCCUUGUGCAGUCGACGCUCAAUACCAUGCACCUUCAGCUCCAAUCCCUCUCCACGCAAACGGCCUGCGCGAACCACGACGACGGCCACGGACCCAUUUCCACGGGCAGAACCUGGCUCAAUACCGGACGAGUCACCGCAGAGGAUUGCUAACCCACGUUUCGUCGGCAAUCCGUCCCAGCCAACCUCUUCAACUACGCACUCCGGCCACAAAGGUGGCGUGGAAGGGAAGUACAUCGGAUUGACUGGAACGGAGGAUGUCUACUUUGUAGCGGAUCGUUUGCAGGGUUUGGGUAAUGACCCUGCGCGCGAGGCCUACUUCAGGGAACGAUCUGCUUCUGCUCAGUCGUAUUCGUCUGGGACUUCUAAUCAUCAUCACGUCGGCUCGAUCGAACCCAGUUUGCCUUUGGUCCGGUCAAUUUUCUUCGAGCGGUCCCAUCCAGCGUAUCCGUUGCUGGAAGCACGCCUGGCUCAGAGCGAGAAACAGUCUCGCCUCUUGGCCAUAGCAAUAGCCAUCAUCACGAAAUACACGUCACCAGAGUUGGCUGGCUUAGACAACAACGUGCUGAUAGAAGAGUUCACAUCAAGUUUGCUUCUCGAAGCACGCUCGCCGACUCUUGAAACCGUGGAGGCUGCGAUCCUCUUCACCCAGAGAGCGCUCAGGGGUAAAAUGAGCACCAGCGCGCCAGGGAUGUGGGCCGUCAUUGGCACGAUUGUCGGUAUGAGCCACGAUUUAGGUCUCAACAUCGAUUGUUCAAUGUGGAGCAUCCCAGCAGCCGCUAAGCGAAGGCGAAGACGAAUCUGGUGGGCAGUGUAUAUGCAAGACAAGUGGUUCGCUCUGGCUCUAGGACGGCCUUCGUAUUUGGACGACGCGAACACGACGACACUCAUGCUCACAGCCGCCGACUUCGAGGAUUGCAAACCAGACUCGGCCGAAGAUCAGCUUGAGAGGCCUGAGCUGGUUACGGGCAUCCACUGUUUCGUUGCUAUGGCCGAGUUAACAGUCAUCCUCAAAGAGGUCCUUGCCGUUUUCUUCACCCUCAGCUCCGUGGUUCGCCUUCGAGAAGCUACUGGGGAACAUAUCUGUGACAUCGCGGAUAGGAUCGAAGCGAAAUUAGAAAACUGGCGUGCAACCUUUCUCGACCAGGUUCUCACACAACGCACUUUCCCUGACGUAACUGGCAGCUUGGAAAUCGCGUUCUUAACCGUUCGUGUGAUGCUGCUCCGAGGCAUCUUUCCAAAGCUGUACCGGCGAAACCUUCCUCUGGAUGUCCAGGUCAACCGUGGCGUCGAUAUCACCUCGCGUGCCAUCACGUUAGUAGAGACCUUGCAGAUAAACCGCCUCAGCGCAUUCUGGUGGUCCUACUCUGGUUUCAACUUUACAUUAAUUGGUACCUGUAUGGCAAGUCUCAAAAGACUCUCCGCCGACACAAUACGUGCAAGGUACUGGGAUGAGAGGCUAGCAUACUAUCAUAAGCUUCUUGCCGCCCAUGGGGUGAGUUUUUGGCCUGCCAAAUUUGCCGCAACCGCUUUGGGUUUGAUGGCGAAGAAUUUGAGGAAAUCCACCGACGUUGCGCCUGAAGACGCCCACGAAGACGGUCCUAGUCUGAUCGAUGAGUCAACUGAUGGGCUCAUGAAUGCAUUCACUUCUCCCGAAACCUCAUGGUCGGGUUUCUCAUACGAUUUCUUCCCUCAUAACCUCACAGAGCACCUUAAUGAUGCCGACUUCUCCACGGACUGGACUUCCAUCGGUAAACCUGAUGGUUUUCAAUGGCAAUGA